UGUGUGUGUGUGUGUGUGCGUACGUACCUGCAGUCUCAGAGAAGAUAUGAGAAUGAGGUCAGGAGGGAGAUGACUCAUCGGGGCUCUGAGCGGCACGAGGAUCUCUAAACACCGGGAUGUGACUACAAGGCAGAGGAGGCAGAGCAGGAGUGUGUGUGCAUGAGUGGGUGAGAGUGUGUUUGUGUUUGUGUGUGUCUAUGUGUGUGUGUAGUUGAGUGGGUAUAUGUUCAUUUUUCUUUCUGCUUCUGUCUGUGAGUUUGUGGUGUGCAGGUGUGUCUUUAGUAUGUGUAUUUGUUCCUGUUUUCGGUUGUGUGUGUGUGAUAUUGUCUGUUGAUAAUAUCUGUUUGUAUUUGCGUUGUGUCGGUGUGUGCGUAUGUGUGUGCGCACACUUGUGGUCCACCACUGCUGGUGGAAAGCUCCGGAAUGAGUGAAUGCAGGAGUGAGUUCUGGCAGCAGGAAUAAGGCAUAGGACGGGCGGGGCAUCGGCCCGGUGCCAUGUCACUCAUGAACUCUGAAGGCUACAGACGGCUGUCACUGCGACAGUCCCGAACUCCCUGCACCUGCUGGCCCUUCCUGCAGAAAGAAUAUGACAGACACCUAGCACCCAGCAAAGGCAUGGCUGCAGCGUACCUGGACCCUAACCUGAACCACGCCCUGGUGUCCGGGGCCAAGUCCCGCCUCAGCAUGGGGAUGGAGCGCUCGCCCGGCGCGCUGGACCGCGUGCUCAAGGUCUUUCACCACUUCGAGAGCAACAACGAGCCCAGCACCUGGGCCAGCAACAUCCGCCACGGGGACGCCACCGACGUCAGGGGAAUCAUCCAGAAGAUCGUGGACAUCCACAAGGUGAAGUGCGUGUCGUGCUUCGGCCUGCGUCUCAGCCACCUGCAGUCGGGGGACGUUCACUGGCUCCACCCCGACAUGGGCGUUUCCCACGUCAGGGAGAAGUACGAGCACAACCACCCGCAGGAGGAAUGGAGGUAUGAGCUGAGGAUCCGAUACCUGCCGAAAGGAUUCAUGAACCAGUUUGCGGAAGACAAGCCCACACUAAACUACUUUUACCAGCAGGUUAAAAGUGACUACAUGUUAGAGAUGGCAGAUCAGGUAGAGCAGGAUAUAGCACUGAAGCUGGGCUGCCUUGAGAUCCGGAGAUUUUUCAGGGAGAUGCGUGGGAACGCCCUGGAUAAGAAAUCAAACUAUGAAUUGUUAGAAAAAGACGUGGGCUUGAGAAGAUUCUUUCCCAAGAGCCUGCUGGACUCGGCGAAGGCAAAAACUCUGCGGAAGCUGAUCCAGCAGACGUUCAAACAGUUUGCCAACCUGAACGAUGAACAGAGUAUCCUCAAGUUCUUCGAAAUCCUGUCUCCGGUUUACAGAUUCGACAAGGAGUGUUUCAAAUGUGCUCUCGGGUCAAGCUGGGUUAUCUCAGUGGAGCUUGCAAUCGGACCAGAGGAGGGAAUCAGCUACCUUACAGACAAGGGCUCAACUCCCACGCACCUGGCCAACUUCAACCAGGUGCAGACCAUCCAGUACUCCAGCGCCGAAGACAAGGAGCGGAAGGGCAUGCUGCAGCUGAACGUGGCAGGAGCCGCGGAGCCCCUCACAGUGACAACGCCGUCGCUGAACACAGCAGAGAACAUGGCUGACCUGAUCGACGGGUACUGCCGCCUGGUUAACGGAGCCUCACAGUCCUUCAUCAUCAGACCACAGAAAGAAGGCGAGAGAGCAUUACCAUCACUCCCAAAACUCGCUAACAAUGAGAAGCGGUUGGAAGGAGUGCGAACGGGAGUCCGGGCCAUUUCCGUCUCAGAGGAAAUUAGUGGGGACGAGACCGACGACUAUGCGGAAAUCAUAGACGAGGAGGACACCUACACCAUGCCUUCCAAAAGCUAUGGAUUAGAUGAAGACCAUAGCUGUGAGCGCGGCUCGCAGAGGGAGUUUGAAGAGGAGAGCUUUUCAUUGGUCCACUCCCGAGAUUACGAGAUCCAGCGGGAUCGGAUCGAGCUGGGCCGCUGCAUCGGAGAGGGGCAGUUUGGGGACGUCCACCAGGGGGUAUACAUGAGCCCGGAAAACCCCUCUCUCUCUGUGGCAAUCAAGACGUGUAAGAACUGCACCUCCGACAGCGUUCGAGAAAAGUUCCUGCAGGAAGCCUUGACCAUGCGGCAGUUUGACCACCCCCACAUUGUCAAGCUGAUCGGCGUGAUCACAGAGAACCCCGUGUGGAUCAUUAUGGAGCUCUGCACACUCGGGGAGCUGCGGUCGUUCUUACAAGUAAGGAAGUACAAUCUGGACCUGGCGUCGCUCAUCCUUUAUGCCUACCAGUUAAGCACAGCCCUGGCCUACCUAGAGAGCAAGCGCUUUGUACACAGGGACAUAGCAGCGAGGAACGUCCUGGUGUCCACCACAGACUGCGUGAAGCUGGGGGACUUUGGCCUGUCGCGAUACAUGGAGGACAGCUCCUACUACAAAGCUUCCAAAGGCAAACUGCCCAUAAAAUGGAUGGCCCCAGAAUCGAUUAACUUCCGACGCUUUACCUCAGCCAGCGACGUGUGGAUGUUCGGCGUGUGCAUGUGGGAGAUCCUCAUGUACGGGGUGAAGCCCUUCCAGGGCGUGAAGAACAACGACGUCAUCGGCCGGAUCGAGAACGGCGAGCGGCUGGCCAUGCCGCAGAACUGCCCGCCCACCCUCUACAGCCUGAUGACCAAGUGCUGGGCCUACGACCCCAGCAAGAGGCCGCGCUUCACCGAGCUCAAGACCCAGCUCAGCACCAUACUGGAGGAGGAGAAGGCCCAGCAGGAAGAGCGCGUGCGUAUGGAGAUGAGGCGGCAGGUCACCGUGUCCUGGGACUCUGGGGGCUCUGACGAGGCCCCGCCCAAACCCAGCAGGCCAGGCUACCCCAGCCCUCGCUCCAGUGAAGGAUUCUACCCCAGCCCCCAGCACAUGGGCCAGCACAAUCACUACCAGGUGUCUGGGUAUACCGGCCCCCACAGCAUGCAGGCCCUGCCCAGCGCGGGGUACCCGGCACAGGCCUCGGUCCUGGACCCCCACGAGUCCUGGAACCACCACCGGCAGCAGCAGGACAUCCCCAUGUGGUCCCCCAACAUGGAGGACGGGGGUGCUCUGGACCUGCGGGGGCUGGGUCAGGGCCUGCCUCCUCACCUGAUGGAGGAGCGGCUGAUGAUGCAGCAGCAGCAGAUGGAGGAGGACCAGCGCUGGCUGGAGCAGGAGGAGCGCUUCUUGAAGCCGGAAUCGCGGAACUCCAGGGGCAGCAGCGACCGAGAGGACUGCGGUCUGCAGGGGCCGACGGGGAACCAGCAUAUAUACCAACCCGUAGGCAAACCAGAACAUGCAGCUCCACCUAAGAAGCCCCCUCGACCUGGAGCCCCCAGUCACCUGGGCAGCCUGGCCAGCCUAAACCCAGUGGACAGCUAUAAUGAAGGAGUCAAGAUUCAGCCUCAGGAGAUCAGCCCACCCCCCACAGCCAACCUGGACCGCUCCAACGACAAGGUCUACGAGAACGUGACGGGGCUGGUGAAAGCCGUCAUCGAGAUGUCCAGCAAGAUCCAGCCUGCUCCACCGGAGGAGUACGUGCCGAUGGUGAAGGAGGUGGGACUGGCACUGCGGACCCUGCUGGCCACCGUGGAUGAAACCAUACCCGUACUGCCAGCCAGCACACACAGAGAGAUCGAGAUGGCCCAGAAGCUGCUGAACUCGGACCUGGCGGAGCUCAUCAGCAAGAUGAAGCUGGCUCAGCAGUACGUGAUGACCAGCCUGCAGCAGGAGUACAAGAAGCAGAUGCUCACCGCCGCACACGCGCUGGCCGUGGACGCCAAAAACCUGCUGGACGUCAUCGACCAGGCCCGGCUCAAGAUGAUCGGCCAGCCCCGGCCGCAUUAGCCGCGGGCGGAAGGCCCGAGAGGGGCGGUGUGGAGGUGGAGGGGUGGGUGCCACCCUGUGCUGCUGAACUGAGCUGACCAACGGCGAGGCGGCACCCAGCAAACAUCAAGACUGUCGCACCCCCCCCAUCCCUUUACCCCCACACCAGGACUUCAUGUGUGGGGGAAGAGACUUCUUCCCCCUCACCCUCCCUCCACUUCCAAGACGUUUUUAUAGGCUCAUCAUAUUGCUUUCAAGUCCUUGGACCUUUGAGAAUCAGUUACAAACACUUAUUUUAUUUGGCUGCGCCUGUGGUUUGUGCUGAUUGUACUGUAUUUUGUAUCCAGGACUUCAGUCGUAAGCGGUUUCCUCCACAGGUGGAUAUACAGCAGAUCAAAAAGGUUGGAAAAUAACAGAUAAAAUGAAGCAUCUGGACCCUGUAAGGAAAUCCAAGCUAUCGUAAACGAGAGAGUUCUGGGAAACCCAGAGGUUGAGAAUUCUUCAGUUAACAAGAACCAUUUCUUCUUUGCGUUGUCAGUAUGCUAUUCCCAACAGUCAAUGGAGGAUCAUAAAUAUAUAUUUUGGAGGUUUUUCUUUUCAUUUUUUCCUUCCUCCACAGACUUAUGAAUAAACCCAAGUCGAAAAGCAAGAGCUCUUUGUCUUCUUUGAUGCAGACAUUAUGUGACACUUUAUUGUAGUAAAGCUAUACGAAAUAUGAAGCCCUCUUUCUCAGAUAGGGAAAAUUCAAUUUGCCCGAUUUCCUUUUCCCGCACAAGCUACAGUGGAUAUUUUAUUUACUUUUCAUUUCUUUCAUGCUCUCCCAGUUUCUAAUUUCUUGCCCAAGUUAAAAAAAAAGGAGGUUUUACCCAAAUUUAUUUGGCCGUAUUUCCCAAGUGUACAAUCUGUUCAUGAAACCCCUCUGCUUUUGGGUAUACAUUCUCAGGAAUAAAGACCUGUACAGUUCCUUUAACUAUUAAAAGAUUUAUCAUUA